AAUAAUUGUUGAAGCCACUUUGAAAAGUUUUUGGUAACUGGUACCAUUUUAAUUAAUUGCAGAUGUCCACAUGUGACCAAAUAACAGAUAGCAAAUCACCAGUCUCAGAGCACAAUUCAUUGAGUGGAGAACAAGAUUCCAGGCUGACUAAGGCCAAUGAAAAAGAAGUGUGUGGUGGUAGAAUAGCCGAAGUAGUAUUAGUAAGGUUGGAGGAUUCGUUUGAAGGCUGCAAUCAACAGAAGUUAUGUCCAUACCAGAUGGCGACAGUUACUGUUAAAGAGGAGGAGGAGGAGGAGGAUAGCAGCCAGCAACCAGCUGCAGUGGAAGAUGAUAGCAGCCAACAACAUUAUCUAAUCCCUGGCUACAACAUGAUCUUCAUCAAAGAGGAUGAAUAUUGUGAGAUGCAUUCUAUUACUAAACAGUUCUUGAUUGACCAGGGUCUACACUCCUUGCUCGGGUGAUUAGAUUGUGGCCAGCUUCCUUACAUGAAGUGGUUUGAUGUUUGGGAGUGGAACUCCUGUGUAAAUGCUACUCCUGAAUGGGCUGUCUGCCACAUGUCAACCAUGCAUAUGUGCAGAAC